CCCUCACUACUUGCCAUUGCUGACAUAGCUACAGGCUGUAUUUGUUUUUGCUGCAUCCAAUAUGGAGGCUCUUGGUAAAGGGAAAUAAAGGGAUCUGAUGUGAUGGGAGUAGUGGGAAGAAAUAGUCAAGGUGUUAAAGGAGAGGUAAGGCAUAUACGAAUAAUCGUAUCAGUGAUUAACUGUAUCACUGAAGCAGCUAGAAUUAGAUGGGAGGAAGGAAAGCAGAGGAAGAGCGUGAAGUGGGAUUUAUACCUCUGGACCCAGAGGGAUUUUGUCUGGAGGUGUGUUAACUGUCAGCUACUGUGUUUGGCUGCUGGGAGGAAAAUGGAGGACGCUCUCUCAAGCUAGUGAAAGUGAUGGAGCCCAUGACGGUGACGACGUCAGUGGUCGGACCGGAUGAGUUCGACCGCAACGCCCCGCGGAUCUGUGGCGUGUGCGGUGACAAGGCCACCGGCUUCCACUUCAAUGCCAUGACCUGUGAGGGCUGCAAGGGUUUCUUCAGGCGCAGUAUGAAGCGUAAAGCUUCCUUCACCUGUCCUUUCAACGGAAGCUGCACCAUCACCAAGGACAACCGGCGUCACUGCCAGGCCUGUCGCCUCAAACGCUGCAUUGACAUCGGCAUGAUGAAAGAAUUCAUCCUGACAGACGAGGAGGUUCAGAGGAAGAAAGAAAUGAUACUGAAGAGGAAGGAGGAAGAGGCAGCCCGGGAGGCCAUGAGGCCACGGUUGAAUGAGGAGCAGGCCCGGAUAAUUUCCUGCCUGGUGGAAGCUCACCACAAGACCUACGAUGCCUCGUAUUCUGACUUCUCCCGCUUUAGGCCUCCUGUGCGUGAAGGCCCAGUAACACGCAGUGCCAGCAGAGCCGCCUCUCUUCACUCUCUGUCUGAUGCUUCCUCUGACUCAUUCAACCACUCUCCUGAGUCAGUGGACACCAAGAUGAACCUCAGCAACUUGUUAAUGAUGUACCAGGAUGGCGCUAGCAGUCCAGACUCUAGUGAAGAGGACACUAAGCUCUCCAUGCUGCCCCACCUGGCUGACCUCGUCUCAUACAGCAUCCAGAAGGUCAUUGGGUUUGCCAAGAUGAUUCCAGGCUUCAGAGAGCUGACAGCAGAGGACCAGAUCGCUCUGUUGAAGUCAAGUGCCAUUGAGAUCAUCAUGCUGCGUUCCAACCAGUCCUUCAGUCUGGAGGACAUGUCCUGGAGCUGCGGAGGACCUGACUUCAAAUACUGCAUCAGUGACGUCACAAAGGCGGGUCACACUCUGGAGCUGUUGGAGCCACUGGUGAAGUUCCAGGUUGGUCUAAAGAAACUCAACCUGCAUGAGGAAGAACAUGUGCUGCUCAUGGCUAUCUGCCUGCUCUCCCCAGAUCGUCCAGGUGUCCAAGACCACGCCCGCAUUGAGCAGCUCCAGGACCGUCUGUCGGAGGCACUGCAGGCCUACAUCCGGGUCAACCACCCGGGCGGACGCCUCCUCUACGCCAAGAUGAUCCAGAAACUGGCCGAUCUGCGCAGCCUGAAUGAGGAGCACUCCAAACAGUACCGUUCACUCUCCUUCCAGCCUGAGCACAGCAUGCAGCUUACCCCGCUGGUGCUGGAAGUGUUUGGCAGCGAGGUGUCAUAGCAGAGGAGGAGGCAAACACGUACACAUGUACACCCUCAUCACACACAGGAUUAACCAACCCUUACCGCCUUUUCCCCAAGAAAACCCCAGCCUUGAUACAUCCCUGGAUGUGUGGGAGAAAGAUGGAUAAUCAGAUAGGUAGACAGUAACCCUCACGUCUUCAUUAUUGGCCCAUCCUCCUCCUCCUGACCUCAAAGAGCAAGACUCAGAUAUCCAGACCUCUGGAUUUAUGGAUUUAAGACACCUGAAUAGGCUGUGGAUUCCUACAGCACCUGGACAGAGUCUGCAAACACAGUACCACAUUACAUUUGACUGCGUCGUGCGGAUAUCCACACUGAUAGACCUCUGGAACAGAUGAACAUCCUAAUUCUCUCUACAUCCACAAACUCCAGAUUUGCCUUUUCUCAUCACCACCUUCCCCCAGACAUCAUUUCUGAAUUCCUGCCAUUUUUUUUUACAGUGGAGACAGCUUGAUGGAUGUGACCAUCACAUCUUUUUUUUACCGUCAUCCUCCUAACAUUGCUUCAUGUUCAUCAUCAUGAUGACAGACAGGAAUAGAUACACAGAUUUACAUCUAUUAACCAUGCUGGCACUUGUGAGGUACAGAUAAAUUGCUAGCAAUGUUACUACACUAGUGUUAGGUAGCUAUAAACUAUUGUUUUUUUGACAGCAAAUACAUCCAAAUACAUUAAACAUCAACAUGGCAAGCUAUGGGCAAGCUUACAAUAAUGUAAUGGAAAUACUUUGUGAAGAUGAAAGGCUAGCAGAUGUUUUCUUGCUAAGCCCUGUGUAUCUGUGUAGGAGAGGUCUCGGAUGGUCAGAUGAAGUGAAGAAAGGAAGUUUAAGUAGGAAGUAGGAAUGGUGGGAAGAAAGGUGAGAUUUGGAGGAAUGAGUUGAAUGAGGAGAUUGGAUAAAUGGAGGGAGAUGCUACGAUUGGAAUUCCCUGUUCACAAGACUAAAGGGAAUUUCACAAAACAAGAAUGUAUGUAUAAUGCUAUAUAAAUAUAAGUGAUACAUAUAAGCUGAUAUAUAUAAAUAUAUAUAUAGAUAUAUUUAAGAGAGCAAAACAUGGUUGCUUCCAUGGAAGCAAAUAGUUCUGAGUGUUGUACAAUGUAGAGGAUUUGGAAGCCCCUCCUCAGUUGAGUGUGUAUGUGUAAUCUUUCAGAAGACAAAUGUAUACACACAUAAGAAAGCGCUGAGAAGUGUGUGAGGAGUCCUUCUAUUUUUGUGAUGUGUGUACAGUAUAUGAGAAUAUUGAUGGACCACAAGGGGGUGCAUGAACAGGCUCUGACAGAGGGUUUAAUGCAGGGAAGCACUUCUCUGUUGGAUUUUGCCGUUAUUGGACCUGUGAAGUUUGUUGAAUGACAUACGCAAAUACAACGUCAUGUUUCAUGGAUAGUGAUUAUCCAAAAAAAUAUUUGUUCGGCUGGUUAGAUUGCUGCUAAGACAGUUAGAGCUAGAUAGUUGGAUAUGAGCCAACUACCGGCUGUUGCCUCAGGGAAAAGUUUGUCUGAUGAUAUUGUGUACUUGGUGUUUACGGUGUGUGUGGCGUACGCUUACAAUCAUGAGACAGAGAUUGUUUUUGAAGCUCUAGGCAUCACUGUGAUUUCUAAUCAUACUAAAUAACAGCAUAAGUAAGCUACAAAUGAAUCUUUUUAAAAUGAUUACUACAAGAUUGUCAUUCCUAAGCUUCUGUACAAAAAAGAAAAACUCUUAUGGUUUGCAUUGUCCUACAAUGCAUUACAGAUCAUUAAAGUUAAAGAUGACAUACCCAUUAAAUGGCUACAUUUAAAAAUACAGUCAUCUGGAUUAAAACAUUGCUUGAUUAAUCUCAGCCUUAAAUUUAGUUUAUUUGUAUUUUUCAGGGCAAAGUGAAUAUUCUACAGACAGUAGCAAUAUACAGUAGUUGAACAAUGUAUAACCUAUAUGGUGUUUUUGGAAUUAAAUCCCUUUGAUGCUCUUAAGAGUGGGACAGAGUUAUUAAACAUAAGAAAGAACUUUUUUAUAUUAAAUAUAAAAUCAAGCCUCAUACCGUUUUGUCACAUGUAUAUCAUUUCAACACCAGCCGCAUAAGCGAGGUUUAGGAUGUUACUUUUCAACAUCACUACAUUUCAUAUCAUGUUUCUGCUGACACGGUGCAUGCUCUCCCCUCAUGCAGGCCUGGAUCACCCCCUUGUGGACAAACUUUGUAAAUACCACUUGCUAAGUCUGUACAUAGUUAGAGAUUAAUGUAGGCAAAAUACUAAGAGAAUUCAAUUGUUGAUGGCAAAAUGCUCUGGAGAUACAGCACUAUAUGCAAUUAGGAGAUGGACUCUUAUGUUGUAUUCAACUAGAAUGUACAGAGGUGGCAAUCCUGGUGAAGUUACUGAGUUGUUUCAAGGGGCACUGAGGAAAACUGUCAGACUUGGGUUUGACCAGCAUGGCUUUUUGCAAGCUGAUAUUUUUGACUGAAAGUGUUGGUUGCCAAUAUUCACAAAUUCAAAAUAGACCAAUCAUCAUAUCAAUAAAAUACUGGUAUUUGGUAUAUCACAGACAGGUUUCACAGCACCUUGGUCAUGGCAAACUGGCCAAUAUAGUCCCCAAUGAUGGACCAGCAUUGGUCCAGCCCUGUUUUGGAUGAUGCUGUAACUGAAAUUAACAUUGGUGCAAUGACUCAGAAACCUAAUGUGUUAAAAUUGCAAAGGCUUCAUGUGAUUGAACAUUCCCAGUGGUGAUUGUGUUGAGCAUUCCAACUGACUGAGUGUCAUGCACCAUCUACACAUGAAACUCAGUGUGAACAUCCUUAACUCUGGCAGCCUUUUAAAUGCACCCAGCAACUCAGUAUGUUACCACAGGAAGUGUCCUCUCUGUCCAUUCCAAGCUUAUGGAUGUACGUCUUUUCUCUCUCUCUCUCUCUCUCUUUCUAAAGUCAAUCGAUAAGCUUUUGACAAUUAUACAGUAUAUCCAUAAUAUUUUCAUUUUGGUGAAAAUCUUUUUUUCCCUCUGUUUUCUUUUGUUCUUUUCACGAUUGUCAAUUUUAAUGUAUGUCAGAGUUUGGUGUCUAGCUAGUGCUUGGCUUGCUACGCUGGGACACCGUUUUAAUGAAGCAGAGAUGAGCAAAGUGAACUCCUGGAGCCUUUUCCAAGUGCAAAUGAACAAGCUCUCCUUCCCUUGUUCCCUUGAUCUCAACCCAGUGUACACGGAAUAGCCCUUUUGAUGUGGCUUUACCCUCUUGUUUGGACAAGGAAUGGACACUCAUUCUCCUUUCUUUUCCCUAAUGGAAUGUCAAAAGACUUGUCAGUGCAGCCAUGUUAUACCUGGAUCUGUAACCUGAGGGGAAGGAAUAUGAAGCUAAAUCUUUGUUAAUGGAAAGGCAGUCCCCAGCUCUGUAUUUAGAAAAAGAUACAUCUGCUUUUCCAGAAGCAAGAUGUCCAACACAAUCAAGUGAUCAUGAACUAACACUGCCUCAACUGACUGACAGGAUUUAGCCAGUGGCAAAUUGUCGCAGCAACAGCAUGGGCGUGCCUCUUCAUUCAUCACCCAACCAUCUAACCGCCUCUUCUUCUGCAAUAGCCAAUUACAGCAGGAUUUGCUCUUCAUAGCUUUAACUCGGCAGCCAGCCAGGCUCUGCUUUUGGAAAACUGUGGUGCACCAAGGGCUGAUGGGAGUCUGAGAUUUAGCGGAACAGCUGCUGUGGAACUGGACAGUAGAUGAUGCAUGACAACGCUGAAAUGGCUCCUUUGUCCUGUUUUACCCAGAGAACCUUUGGAUUGGACAUCCAGAGGACUGUGUAGAAUCUGUAUAGAAGAUUGUUGGAGGUAAAGUAUUUCUAAAAUGAGAAUCUCCACAGGCAGAUGUAGUGACACGCUGUACAGACAGAGUGCGCAGUCACUGACAAGGUGUCGCCUCCUAAACCCAAAGUGUGACAUUAUCUUUCUCACUACUCUGUCUCACAUCGCAGCUCUUGAAAUUUUUUAAAGAAUAGUAGUUAAAUAAGAUAAAAAAAAUGGACUUUUUACACACAACAUCAACACCUACAUUAUCUGUUUGAAAGGGAAUGCAGGAGUGGGUGACGGGGUGAGAGUCUGCUCAGUUUUAAGGGUUCUGAGACAUCACCUAUGUAACUGCUCUGAUGAUGGACAUUUUGUUGAUUUUCCUCUGUGGAUAAUUUUCUGUUUCCAUUAUUAAUGGUUAAGUUUUAGGUUGUACAUGGAGAAUGUUAUGCCCAAAAAACAGAUCUAGCUUACCAUUUUUACUGUAAUGGUUAACACGAGGACCGUAGCUGAUCCUAGAAGCCAUUAGCACUCAAAUGGACCCAAACAACACUGAAGUCUCUCUCCCUCUUACCCCUCCUCCCCUCAACCCAGGUCAGCAGCUGCACCUCAGUAGCCUUACUUACAGAAACCUCACUCAGCUGGAAACAUUAAACAGAUACCUCAACAAUUUACAAAAUGACUUUUUACAAUAGCUUUUAAGGGAACCAAACAUAAACUCAUAGCGCACACAUACACUCAGACACACUACAACUCUCUCCUCAAUCUUUGCAGUAUUUUUUACAUCUUUUACAUCAAUCCCUACAGUGAACUAGUUGCCAGUUGUUGUAUGAAGAAGAUUGUCCAGUAGACUCCUCUUGCCAGUAGACCAGUUAGUAUACGAGUGGAUCCCAAUGUUUCUAAAUGUUAACUGUCACUCUCCUGUUUUUCUGCUUCACUCACUUGAAACCUCAUCUCUGCCUCAUUCUGUCUCUUCUGUUUUUCUUGUCUCUACAAACAGAUGACGUGCCGCUAAGCUUUGGCACUGCGUUUAACCAAACAUACUACCUCUCCCUCCCACACACACACACACACACACACAUAUAUAUAUAUAUAUAUAUAUAUAUAUAUAUAUAUAUGUAUGUAUGUAUGUAUGUAUGUGUGUGUGUGUGUGUGUGUGUGUGUGUGUGUGUAUAUAUAUAUAUAUAUAUAUAUAUAUAUAUAUAUAUAUAUAUAUAUAUAUAUAUAUAUAUAUAUAUAUAUAGUCUCAGCAUGAUUUUGUUUAUUAUAAAGCAGUUGUUUUUAUUUUAACACUAAUUUAGAAGGGUUUUGUGUAUAUGUACAGUAUAUUCCUUUUUAUCUCUUUUCUCUUUUCAAAUGCUGGAUGAUUUUUUACCUCAAAUCUCAAUAUAAGCCUACAAAUCUCAAAGUCAGUAAAUCAGAGGCCUCUUAAGCAUCACCUUGCCACUAGAGUGUUUAAAUGCAUAUUCAAAACUUUUCAUUGAAGCAAGGCUACCUUCACAUAGCAGCUCAAAGUGUCCACAUUCUUUCCAUCCUUUUAUAUAUGAGACAGAUGUGAUAUUUUCUAACUGAAUUAAUUUGUUUAAAAUCCAUCUGGACAACAUGGAUCUGUGGAACCACGACACAAGUUAACCAUGUAUGCCAGAUCAGCUAACUAUUCCUUUAAAUAGCAAACCAAAAAAACAAUCUUCAUCAAAGCAGACUUUUUAAAAAAGGAUUUAAAGAGACAGUCAUCAUUUAAAGGGUAUAAUAAGGGAUCUAAGGCAAAGCAGACUUGAGCUUGGGUUGUUCAGGCAGGCUAAUUCAGAGCAUGCCAGGACGGAGCUGAAACCUGCUAUGUGAAUGUAUCAUAAAACCUCAGUGGUGGUAAGUCGAUGUGGAUCUGCUCAUCAGUGCACACUUCAGAGGCAGCAGUACACCAAGAGAAUUUGGACUCUACUUUGAUGCUACUAAACUAACAGGUGUUGAUGUACUAAAAUGCCACCUGAUUUGGCCAGAAGACAUUGUGUUUGUCUGAUGGGACUGCACGGAGUUGCCAGUUGUUCUCUGGGCUUUUUUGUUGAGUUCAAAGUGCCGGAUUGAUGCUGCUCAGUUGAAAACCUCUCCAUCAGAGUUGUGUGAGUGCUUUCAGCUUUAUACAACUGUUCAGAGACAAGAAGCGGAGGUCCUGGCAUUGAUUCAUGCUGACUCAAACAAAGGGAGUGGUAGUUUGACUUUGAUAACUGCUCUGUCCUAACAUCUAAAAGGUAAAAAGCAGUGGCUGUGGUCUGGACAUGGCACCGAAUGCAGUGCUGUCUCUCAGUCAGCUUUGCUUUUGAAUCACAGGUUUCACCUGUGUGUUUCUCUGUAGCUUUCCUUAAGGUCUGAUAAGGGUUUGUAACAUUGGGAUCCCAUUUUAGAUGUUCUAGAUACAAAUAGCGCCUACUUUUUGUCUGCUCAGCAGCCAGCCGAGGCUCACAUACCCGCUCUAGCCCAACCUCAGCACUCUGCCUUCCUCUAACCCCCGCUAACUCUGGGUCUGAAUCCUUUGUUGCUGCUCUCACUCAGUUUUCAGAUAAACAGGCCUUCAAAAUAUAUGCUGUGAAUAACACACCAAGCCUUUAGUGAUCACUCUUUGUAUUAUAUUGACUAAUGAAUCACAUUUCAGCUCACAGCAUGUGGAAGUUAAGGCUCUUCUAAGGUUCAUUUAUUACCAUCAGCUGCUGUUGAUGGAAAGCUAUGAAAAUUCGCAGAUUAAUUCAGUUUAAAAUGUUUCAUAUUUAACGAUAUAAUUGUGCAUCAGGAUAGUAUCUGAUUCAUGGCCUUUUGGGAAAAGGAUGAAACCAAAAAGUGACACCCAAUUCACUAAUUUGGCAAAAAAAGUCCUUUGAAACAGAUGCUUAUUUUCUGAUUAAAUGUUAACACUGAAAUCAGUUGUUUUAUGAAAAAAAUGAAAUUCAACAGACUAAAAUUAGAAUUUUAGGUGUUUUGUUGACAGAUUUUUGAAUAGAUCUCAGUUUGGAGUUAAGGUCUCCUUCUGAAUGAUUGAACCUGAGGAGAGCAGGUAGAUAGAAAGUCGGUUUUUCUACUGUCGUAACAGAUGGAUGAUUGUCACUCAAGGCAAAUUGUCAUCUGUUGCUGUGAUUGCGUUUCUCUGCUACCUCUUUAAAUAUGCGCUUGCUCAUACACACGUGCACUUAAACAGCUGCACUCACAAACAUGCACUCAUACGGACUGACUGAAAAAGACAGACACUAAACACAGCACACAACACACACACUCAGACACACACACACACACACACACACACACACACACACAGACAACGCACACUUGUGUGCACUUCUUUCUCCCUCACCAGCAGUUUUUGCCAAUGAUGCACUUGUGUUUUUGUCUCUAAAUGCUCUGCAAAAUGUGUGAUGUCGAAAAAUGAUUUGUUGUCAUCAUCUUUUUUUCUUCUUUUUUUAAAAACUCUAAUCUCUAUAGUAAGAUCUGGACUAGCCAGGUGAUUAGAGAUAAAUUGAACAUUAAUUCAUUCAGUACAUAUACAAAGCUUCAUGUCUAAAAAGAAAAAAAAACAUAAAUGCACAUAUUGCUCAGCUCAGUUGUACCUUGGUGUGCCUAGAACCCACAGCCUUAUUUUGGGACAAUAUCAGGGGUUUAAACCAGAAUACAGGACGAUCUGUCUUUGUAUUACUGAUGUUAAGACAGUUUCAUCAAGUUUUAGUAGCUGUUUUUCCUCUCUUCAUAUCCACACAUUUGUUAGUUUCUUCAAUUGUUGUGUCAGGUGUAUGAGUCAACAGUAGCUCGCUCGUGGGAGGUGCAUGUGACAAGGACGUGCUACGUCAGUGUUUCUCUGCUGGUUGUUCUUUUGUUUCAUUCAGUAUUUCUAUUUAUUUCCCUUGACUGGUUUUUCAGUGACAUUUGGUUCUUGUAAAGCCUACCUGGUUGCUAAAAAUCAUAUGUGUCAAAUAAAAAUCUCACUCAUUGUGCUGAUGCAACAGAGUCUAAUGAAAUUUAUUGAUUUAUUUAAUUUGACUUAAUUUAAUCUUGUUUUUAAGAAUGCCCAGCAGACUGUGACCUCCCAUGGCAUGACCUAUUCUCAUCAUUAGGACGACAAAAAAAAGUUAAAUCAUAGUUGAGCUCAGUAGAGUCCCAAGAUAAGUACUUUUACCCUCACACAUGCACACCACAUUGCAGUAAAACUCACCAGACCUCAGUGCUUCUAGCAGAAAAUCGUCUUUUCAACAUAUACAGUUGCCAUGGCAUCGCUGUUGAUGGCAUCAUCAAUAGCCCUAUACAAAAAGAAAUAGUGUUAUACAUACAGUACCUUAACCAAUGUCUGUCUUUGUGGUUAAAAAUCACCGCCUGUUUUUUGUGUUGCUCUUUUCUUUUUGCUCUUCUUCUCUUUGAAGUUGAUCCAUUGUACUUUGAUUACAUGCAUUGUAUGUAGUAAAAUACUGAUAAUGUUUUGGGGAAAUCACAAAUAAAACAGCUGUACAUAAUGAUGCAAAACA